GACUCGCCUAAAAAGAGCAAACCAUCGGCACAACGAAUCAUCACAUGCUCCCAAGCGAUUGUUUCGUGAUUCAUACGUGCGAAUAUCAUCAUGAAACUUAUUUCCAAAGGCUCGCCCUCACGAACCGAAACAGACCAAAUGUCACCACGAUAUGCCAAGGACGCAAUUCCAGCAUUUUCAUGCCAUCUCGUACCACUCUCUCCACCACGAUUAGCCUUUCAAUCCUACCGGUGCUGAUCACGUCUCUCGAAUGACCGAAUAGGGAAUAUCUCCGAUGCAAAGUUGCGCGGCCUUUUGCUGGAAGAAUCGAGCCGCUUGCCAAUCAACACAACUGUUUCGGAUACUGAUAUUGUGGCUUUUUUGUAAUUGGAGUCUGCAGUCCACACUGGAAUCGUUCAUGCUUAUUACCGGUUUUAUUUCGAGGAGACUUUGCGCUUCUUCUGAUGGUCGAGUGAUCGAAACACUCGGAUUGAUACUCUAAGAGGCUUAGACUUGGAUGCCGGUGUCAUGCACUCAUGCUAACACAUGUACUCGGUAGAAACUCUAUCGAAACGCUUUUCCUUUCUCACGGGCUAAUAGAUUGCGGUGGUAAUAGAUUUUCAUCCAAGCCCACCAUUGAUUGGAUGUCGGCUGUCGACUUUGCAAGAGCAGCAGGACUCGAUUUCAGAUAGAUCGAUUGUGUCGGCAGACUUUGAUUUCAAAGAUUCUUACCGUCUUUUGUCUCUUGUCUCUCGAGUCUCGUUCGCCAGGACAAGUUUAUUCGACAUACCGUAGAUGGUAGUGGUAACGCUAAUGGGAAAGAGUAAGAACUUGGGAAAAAGUUUACGUUGUAGCAAUUUAUGAGCGUGUUGAUACCGAACUGCCCCCUGAUGCCUUUUCUUUGCAAUGUGCUGGAUGUGACUUUCUUUGCCCUUUUGCAGCCCUUUUGCACUCACUCCCUUCUUGAUUCCACUCCCCUUGUCAACCAAUUUCUUCCAAAGCUUAUUACCACCCAUGAUCCUGACACCGUUCAUCUCCAUUUUCAUUCAAGGUUGAAGCUGCAAACACUCCACAGUCUUACACCGUCACGUCUAGUGAAGCGAACACUUCUUCAUCGUCUCUGUCCAUCCCUACGUCUUCCCCUCAAUUUUCAGCCCUCUUUGCUUUGAGCCCUUGACCUUGCUGGCCUUAUAACUCUAAACCCAAAUAUCUGGACAACAAUCGAUCAUCCCAGUUUCUCAGCAGAAGCCCUGCACUGCACUUGUCAUUUGUUGACAGCUACAACAACCCAGCCGUGGAGGUCAAGCUUUUUCUGCAAUCGACGACAAGGAUCUCCAUAACAAACGGGUGUAAUUGCAAUCCUUGCUUCCGCAGAGAACCAUUUGGCAGAAAAAUAAAUUAUUGAUCACCGCCUUUGCGAGAUAGCAAAAUUGAAGCUAUUCGGAACAGUUUGAUAUUGAGAAUCUGCUCUGUUGCGAUUGUCCGAAGGUGUAGAACUUCAUGUAUCGGAAAGAAGUUUGAACUUACGUUGCGAAGUGCCUGCACAAUCGAAAUCGUACCUUCUAGAUUCUUGAUGCCAAAGAGAGUGAGGUUGCUGCACCCUGUACUUUGACACAGAUAUCAAUACAUUUUAUUCACACACGGCCUCGGUCUCGGUCCUCGAAUCAUUGCCGUACGCCGGUUUUAUCAAUUAUAUCAACAGACUCGAUCUACCAAUAUUCCCAAAGAUUAAGAUACCCCAGUCGACUACUACAUACCCGCCCACGAUCUUCAGCGGCAGCCAUCCACCCCCGAGAUACUCGACGAGCAUAAACUGUAACCAUUCACCUGGAACUUCGGUCUGCGUCUGCGUCUGCAAGCUCGGUUAGAAAUUCGAUUUCAUUGGAACCUUGCCCAACACAAAUCGAAAAUAUCGAGAGUAGGAAAUCGGAAACCGCAAGAUCGAGAAUAUAAAAAUAAUCCUUGGGAAGAGCUAAACGUGGGAAUCAUUGCACGGCGCAUUGCACACGCACACCUACCCACAUCCGCAAUUAAUCCCCAAAAAGGAACCCAACCAUCCGCCAUCUGCAACUUUACGCCCCAGCGGUGGACAUCGGCCGGACCUUCACAGUAGCCAGAAUUCUUUCGAUAGGAAAUCCUACAGAACUUUAAAUUCAUCAUCGAGUUUUACUGUCUUAACUUCGCUCUUCAUUAACAUUAAAUAGCGAUCUACACCAUACACGGAACUCGUUUCAUAUCCCACCCGUCGAACGCGUCAACAAACCUUCGAGACUCCAACCCGAAUCGUCCGUUACCCGUUAACUACACCAACCGCCAAAAUGUCCCAUCGUCAAUAUAAGGAAGAACCUGGCAAUGCAGUGAACAAUGAACACCAUCAUCCCCACCACGCGUCGCAAGGUCAAGGUCCUCCACCUUCGCACCAUCUUCAGCAACAACCGCGACCUUCGAGUAUUGUGCACCAGCACCAUCAACAAGCUCCUCCACCACCACAACAUCCCAACGCGUAUCCUUCUGGACACGCUUUACCUCAAUAUCCACAAACUGCGACAGGACCAGGUGGUCAACAUCAGGAACUCCCAUAUUACCCAACUCACGCAAGUCCUUACAGUACUCCAAGCGCAUCGGGUACAUAUUCAUCCGCAGGUCCAGAAACUCCAGACAUCAUGGCGGCCACUCAACAUAUGACUCGGGCUCCAUAUCCACCAAUUUACCAAACCCCCCAAUCCAACUCCCCAGCCUCCGUUGCAUCGCCUGCACAUGAAGGCAGAAUGUAUGCGUCAUCUUCACAAUUGCAGCAAAGCCAGCAGAUGUAUUAUCCGCCACCUCAGCAGCAAUAUCCUCCUCCUAUGGCUCCUGGAGGACCAUCUCCGUAUGCGCAACCGCCCCCGCCCCCGCAGCAGCAGCAGCAUCAUCAUCAGCAAUCCAUGACUUCACAGCCAACAUUGCUCAUGUCACACCAGACAAAUCAGCACCAGAUGCAACCACAUCCUAAUCAGCAUCAACAGCCUGGUAUGACAGGCAGUCCACGAACAAAGAUGGAGCCACACGUUCCACAAAUUGCUAGACCAAAUCCACCUUUAGGGGCUCAGCAUUCCGCGAACGGUACACCUCAAAUGCAGCCCAACAAUCCGCCUGGAAGUGGCGGCAGCGGUGUUAAUCCCAAUGCUGCACCGGGUCCAAUUCCAGCAACUACCCCACUUGUUGUGCGACAAGAUAAUAACGGUGUUCAAUGGAUUGCAUUCGAAUAUUCGCGCGAUCGUGUUAAGAUGGAAUAUACAAUCAGAUGUGAUGUCGAGUCUAUAAACGUUGAAAACCUAGGCCCGGAAUUUAAAACGGAGAAUUGUGUUUACCCGAGGGCGUGCUGCAGCAAGGAUCAAUACAGGGGAAAUCGAUUGGUAUACGAAACGGAGUGCAACACUGUCGGGUGGGCCUUGGCAGAAUUGAAUCCUUGCCUACGUGGCAAACGUGGAUUAAUACAAAGGGCGGUCGAUAGUUGGAGAAACAGUAACCAAGAUCCAAGAUUGAGAAGUCGACGAGUUCGAAGAAUGGCCAAAAUCAACAAUCGUAAAGCGGUUCAAGCGGCUACAAGUCAUAAUCCUCACAUGACUGGUCCAAGCCCAACAGGGAUGCCACCUUCUGCGAACAUGGGCCCUGGCGGUGCGGGAAGCAUGGGCAAACCUAACCUUAGUGGUAUGGGUGGUCCCCAGCUUCAUCACCACCACGCCCAUCCUGAUGGAAGUAACCAAGGAGGAGAAGAAGUCGGUGACGACGAAUAUAUGGAUGAGAACACUCACCAUCAUCAUCAAGCUCCGGUUGGGCAAUCUGCCAAUUCGGGAGACGAUGUACGACAAAACCAAACAUUCCCCGGUUUCAACAAUAACUACCCUUCAAGUUCAGUAGGCGGAGCUUCCAUGGUUCCUGGUGCUCACGAUGCACGUCCUUUGCCCCGCGGGUCCCACCCAAUUGCCACACAAUCUAGAGAUGAUGAGGAUGGUGUUGAUGUUUUCGGUAAUGUUCCAGAAGCAAAGAAGCGCAAGUUCAUCUUGGUUGAGGACCCAGUCAAGCAAAGUCGUGUUCGUGUCCGCGUUACUUUGGAUACGGUCGAUAUCAAUGAGAUUCCAGAUUCAUACCGAAAGAUUAACUCUGUUUACUCACGGUCUUGGUUCCCUCUGCAAAUGCAAUCGCCCCCUCCAUUGGCAAACGGCAGCGACUUCUUUCAAGACGAUGAUAGCGAUGAUGAAGUUGAAGGUCGAGGUCGAUCUCGACGUGGCAGAAAAAUGUUUCCUGUACAUUUGCCAAAUGGUGAUGAGGCCGAGAUCCCUAUUCCAAGAAUGCGCAAGUCUCAGAGAGCGUUGGAAGUCAAGCUUAAUGAUUUAGGUUACAGAAUGACUUGGCACCAAAGCAGAACCUUCGCAAACAAGUCUGUCUUCUUACAAAAAGCUCUUGAUGCAUGGCGCAACAAAGUCAAGGAAAACAUCGGUAAUGCAGGUAGAGAUGUUACUUCUAUUCCUCAUUUUGAUACUCGUUCUGGAAAGAGACGCUGGUUGGAGAGCACCAAGAAGCGUGAGCAACAAGAGACCGACCCUUAA